AUGCGGGCUCCCAGACUGCUGGCGCUGUGCCUGUGGCUGCGCCUGGCGCGGGACGUGCGCGGCGCGCCCUGCGAGGCCGUGCGCAUCCCCAUGUGCCGCCACAUGCCCUGGAACCUCACGCGGAUGCCGAACCACCUGCACCACAGCACCCAGGAGAACGCCGUGCUGGCCAUCGAGCAGUACGAGGAGCUGGUGGACGUGAACUGCAGCGCCGUGCUGCGCUUCUUCCUGUGCGCCAUGUACGCGCCCAUCUGCGCCCUGGAGUUCCUGCACGACCCCAUCAAGCCCUGCAAGUCUGUGUGCCAGCGCGCCCGCGACGGCUGUGAGCCGCUCAUGAAGAGGUACAACCACAGCUGGCCCGAGAGCCUGGCCUGCGACGAGCUGCCUCUCUAUGACCGGGGCGUGUGCAUCUCCCCCGAGGCCAUCGUCACCGACCUUCCUGAGGAUGUGAAGUGGAUGGACAUCACACCAGACAUGAUGGUACAGGAGAAGCCGCUUGACGCUGACUGCAAACGUAUGAGCCCAGAUCGGUGCAAAUGUAAGAAGGUGAAGCCAACUUUGGCAACAUAUCUGAGCAAAAACUACAGCUAUGUCAUCCAUGCCAAAAUAAAAGCUGUGCAGAGGAGCGGGUGCCAUGAAGUGACCACAGUGGUGGAUGUAAAGGAGAUCUUCAAGUCCUUGUCACCCAUCCCACGAACCCAAGUCCCACUCAUCACCAAUUCCUCGUGCCAGUGUCCACACAUCCUACCCCAUCAGGAUGUCCUCAUCAUGUGCUAUGAGUGGCGCUCUCGGAUGAUGCUCCUUGAAAAUUGUUUAGUUGAAAAAUGGAGAGAUCAACUUAGUAAAAGAUCCAUACAGUGGGAAGAGAGGCUGCAGGAACAGCAAAGAACAAUUCAAGACAAGAAACGCACAGCUGGACGUAUCAGUCGUAGCAACCCCCCCAAACCAAAGGCAAAGCCACCCAUUCCCAAACCAGCCAGCCCUAAGAAGAACAUUAAAGCUAGAAGUGCUCAAAGGAAAAUGAACCCCAAAAAGACUGUGAGCUAACUGCUCUUCACAAUGGAGACUCUUCACAAGACAAGGCUGAGCGUUUCCCCGGACAGCCACCUAUGGUGCCCACACUCUUUCUAGACACCAUCUUGCAGGAUUUUUCUUACUGAUAGGAUUUCUUUCAUCUUUAUAAGCCACCUAUGUCAUGUUAAUGGUAUA